AUGCUUUCCCGUAUGGUAGUAUCAUCAGCGCGAGCUGGUAAUCAACUGCUGAAUGCUCAACGUUUUGCUGUUACCGCUGCAGUACCCAUACAGGCAGCUGCUCAUAAGCUGAAGGUAACCAUAAUUCCUGGUGAUGGUGUUGGACCAGAACUUAUUUACACUGUGCAAGAUAUCGUCAAAAAUACGGGAAUACCACUUGAUUUUGAAGAGGUGUUCCUCUCCGAAGUACACUACACUCGAUCGUCAUCAAUAGAAAAUGCAGUCAUGUCAAUUGCUCGUAACAACAACGUUGCUCUCAAGGGUGCGAUUCAAGAAUCUGCUGUUCUUCAUACCGAAGGAGAACUAAGUGGACUCAACAUGCGGCUUCGUAGAGCUCUUGAUCUGUUUGCUAAUGUUGUGCACAUCAAGUCAUUGGAUGGUAUCAAAACUCGCCACGGAAAGAAACUCGAUUUUGUCAUUGUUCGAGAACAAACUGAAGGAGAGUAUUCUAGUUUGGAGCAUGAGCUAGUUCCAGGCGAGUGUGUAAUAGAAUGUCUCAAGAUUUCCACAAGAGAGAAAUGUCAACGCAUAGCAAAGUUCGCUUUCGAUUAUGCAACCAAGCAUGGUAGAAAAAAGGUGACCGCUGUUCACAAGGCGAACAUUAUGAAGUUAGGAGAUGGAUUAUUCUUGAAAACAUGUGAAGAAAUUGCCACCCAGUACCCGAAGAUUGAGUUUGAUUCCAUGAUUAUUGACAAUACAUGCAUGCAGCUGGUGUCAAAACCCGAACAAUUCGAUGUCAUGGUCAUGCCAAAUCUUUAUGGAAAUAUCAUAGAUAACCUCGCUGCAGGGCUUGUUGGUGGUGCUGGUGUGGUUACUGGUCAGUCCGUUGGAAGCGACUACGUCAUUUUCGAGCCAGGAAGCCGUCAUUCCUUCCAGGAAGCUCUUGGAAGGUCUAUUGCCAAUCCUACGGCAAUGAUUUUAUGUGCAGCCAAUAUGCUCAACCAUCUUCAUCUCACUGAUUAUGCUCUUGCCUUACGGACAGCGGUGGAGAAGGUAAUUCGCGAUGGCAAAGUUCGCACAAGGGAUAUGGGAGGGUAA